GUAUAGUCCGAACAACCCCAUCCGCUAUAGUCGACUCGUCCAUAGCGGUGUACCAUGGGAAAUAUCCAUCAUGGCGGACGAUCAGGUUAUAGCACAAGAUCUUCCAAAGGCAAUGGACGUCCUGAAUGACAUUAAAACACAGGCAGACUCUGUAACAGGACACGUAAAAGAUUUGCUGAAGAAAGUGAAAGAUGGAGAAAUAUCUACUGCAAAGGGCAUCAGUUUCCUGGAGUCCAAGUACCAGCUCCUCCUGAGUUAUCUCAUCAACCUCACAUAUGUCAUGCUGAAGAAGGUGGAGGGGGGGUCCAUCAGGGGGGAUCCUGCCGUCACCAGGAUUGUGGAGAUCAGAACGUACCUGGAGAAGAUGAGACCCAUCGACCACAAGUUGAAAUAUCAGGUGGACAAACUGGUGAAGAUGGCUGCCAUGGGUGAACUCUCUGAGAAUGAUCCACUGCGGUUCAAACCUAACCCUGACAACCUCACUAGUAAGCUGGCUGAAUCGUCUGAUGAGUCAGAGGCCAGUGAUGACGAAAAGGACACAGGGAAGCCCAAAGUGUAUGUCCCACCCAAACUGGCACCCGUGCACUACGAUGAAGACACUCCCGUCCAGAGACAGCAGAAGAAGGAAGAACAGGCCAGGAAGAGAGCCCUGAGAAGCUCCCUCAUCAGGGAACUGAAAGAGGCUCAUUCUGAUGCUCCACAGGAGAUAAGAGACUCUGUAGGCUUCCGUAGAAGUGUUGAGACUCAAGACGACAGACACCAAAGAGAAUAUGAAGAGGAUUACUUUGUAAGGCUGGCUGUUUCUAAGAAGCAAAAGCGUAAGCAGAGUAUGGGGAUGGUGUCCACUCUGAACCAGAUCACCAAGUUUGGCGACACCAGCGCUCUGUUUGGUGGGGAGGGCGGGGCAAGCUCCUCCAAGAAAAGGAAAAGGUCUUCAAAGAAGGGAAAGAAAGGUGCGAAGAAAGGUUUCAAGAAGAGGAGAAAGUGAUUUCCUCUGUCAGUGGUAACCAUAAAGACUAGACAUGAACCUGGGAUAAUUUCCUCAUUAGAUGCUCUCAGUAUCACUUUUUCAUACUUUGGGAGUGAAACAGCUCUUUACAAAUAAAUGCAAGAUUUUUGUUAA